AUGGUGGAAGGAUCAGUAGCGUGGCUGAAGCUGACGUCGGACGACGUGAAGGAGCAGAUCUACAAGCUGGCCAAAAAGGGGCUGACGCCCUCGCAGAUAGGUGUCAUCCUGAGGGAUUCUCAUGGUGUUGCCCAGGUUCGUUUUGUCACUGGCAACAAAAUCUUGAGGAUCCUUAAAUCCAAAGGACUUGCUCCAGAUCUUCCAGAGGAUCUGUACCAUUUGAUCAAGAAGGCUGUUGCUGUUCGCAAACAUCUUGAGAGGAACAGAAAAGAUAAAGAUGCUAAAUUCCGCCUGAUUCUGAUUGAGAGCAGAAUUCACAGGCUGGCUCGCUACUACAAGACCAAGAGAGUGCUACCACCCAAUUGGAAGUAUGAAUCAUCCACAGCUUCUGCCCUGGUCGCAUAAGAGUUGAUUUCUUCUACUUUAAAAGAAUAAAGUUACAUAACUAAA